AUGAACUUGUCCAGUUGUCCCCAAGUUUUAUUCUUCACGGAGCUUCACAUACACACUAGUAUUAGUGGAGAAUGAUGAAGCUACUUCCAUGGCAUCGUAUAACCAGUCAAGCUAAUAGUACCCUCUUUUUCAAAAUCCCCAAUAUAUCCUCCUUAUCAUUCUUCACCAUUUCCCAUUUCCAGUUCCACUCUCAAACAGAUCAAGAAGAUAUCUUCGACCCACCUUUUUCCCCAACCUUAAAACCCCAUAAUAAACCCAAUCAAAGAAACAAAGUGAAUGAUGUAUCCAAUGAAUAUUCUGAAAAAGCUUCCAGCUUUACUAUUAACUCUGACUUGCCCUUAAAACCCCAUAAACCCAAUAUAAACAAAAAAGGAGAAAAUCAAGAUUGUGAAAAAGCUUCAAACUUUACUGUUAACUCAGAUUUGCCCUUUGAUUUUCGCUAUUCUUACUCUGAGACUAAUCCAGCAGUUAAGCCAAUUGGUUUCCGUGAACCGCCCCGGUUUUCUCCGUUUGGGCCGGGUCGGGUUGAUAGAAAAUGGACCGGAACUUCAGCUCCAUGUUUACAGCCUGUGGAUUUGGAGAAAGUGGCUGAGGACAGAUGGCGGGUUCUCGGAGAACCGCUUUCAAAGGAGGAAAUUGCGGAGAUGGUGGAGAAGUAUCGGCAUAAUGAUUGUUCUAGACAAAUGAAUUUGGGGCGGGGUGGAGUUACUCACAAUAUGCUGGAGGACAUCCAUAACUAUUGGAAGAGGGCUGAAGCUGUAAGGAUUAAGUGCUUGGGGGUGCCAACUCUCGACAUGGAUAAUGUGUGCUCCCAUCUCGAGGACAAAUCAGGUGGAAAAGUUAUCUAUCGCCAUAUUAAUAUCUUACUCUUAUAUCGUGGUCGAAACUAUGAUCCCAAAACUAGACCUACUAUUCCUGUGAUGCUGUGGAAGCCUUUGGCUCCAAUAUAUCCAAAGCUUGUGAAGAAUGUUGCUGAUGGCCUGACAUUUGAAGAAACAAAGGCAAUGAGGAACAAAGGGCUCAAUGCUCCUCCUUUAACGAAACUCAGCAGGAAUGGGGUGUAUGUGAAUGUGGUGGACAAAGUUAGAGCAGCAUUUGAAACAGAAGAAGUCGUUAGAUUAGAUUGUACCCAUGUGGGAACAAGUGACUGCAAAAGAAUCGGUGUUAAAUUACGGGAUCUGGUACCAUGUGUUCCUAUCUUGUUCAAAGAUGAGCAGAUUAUUCUCUGGAGAGGCAAAAAAGAUGAAGAACAGAACUCCGGCUCCUGAAUGGAACUUAAGCUCAAGGAUGUGUUUUGAAAUUUCGAGCUUCCAUCUCAGAGCAAGGCAUUCACAAUCUUCAUUUGGCAAAUGAAUCUGGCGAGGGUUCUUGAUUGUUGCUUGAAAGUUUCUGCUAUUGAUAGGUUUUUCAACUUGUGCUGAAUUAGGCAGCUCAGAUAGGUUUCUCAACUUGUGCUAAAUUAGGCAGCUCAGAUCACACCUUACUCGCAGAUGCCAAAGAAAUGCAAGUAGGGACUAGUGGUUGCUACUAAUGAAAUAGCAGUCCUCUUUCAACAGGGAAAAAUUAGUGAAAUCCUGUGGUUGAUAGAUUGCUACUCUAGUUACAUGUACCUUCACACUAAAGCUUCUGAAUGAGAUGUUUUCUACAGAGUAAUUUAAUGAAAGAAACAAUUCUGAUUGAAA